AGCAUGGACGCCGCAGGAGUGCAGGGCGCCAUCAUAACGCAACCCAUCAACCACAAGUUCGACCACUCCUACGUCACCAACGCUCUGCGCCAGCACCCCGCGCGCUUCAUCGGCAGCUGCCUGGCGGACCCCACCCAGGGGGGAGGGGGGGUGGGGGAGAUGGAGAGACUCGUGCUAGAGGAAGGGUACCAGUGCGUCCGCUUCAACCCAUACCUCUGGCCCGAUGGCGAGAAGAUGACCAACGGCUUGGGGCAGGCCAUGUUCGCCCGGGCAGGGGAGCUAGGCGUGCCCGUGGCCUUCAUGUGCUUCAAGGGCUUCCACCUGCACGCGGAGGAGAUCGAGCAGCUGUGUGCAGCGCACCCCGCCACACGCGUCAUUCUCGACCACUUUGGCUUCUGCCACAACCCCAACCACCCCGAUGCCACACCUGCCGAUCUCACCACAUGGGAUCGCCUGCUCUCUCUCGCUCGCUUCCCCCAGGUUUAUGUCAAGACCUCUGCACAUUUCCGAGUGUCGCGACAACCGUACCCCUACUCUGACACGUGGGAACAAGCGAGGGAUUUUAUCAGGACCUUUGGAGCACACAGGCUGCUAUGGGGAAGUGACUUCCCAUUUGUGGUAAACGAGUGUGGUUACAAGGAGAUCUGGGAUCUCCUUCGAUCAGACACGACUGGACUGUCCAAGGAUGAGCGCUUGUGGAUUCAAGGAGCCACAGCUGCUUCGUUAUUUCCAAGUGCAUGGAAAUCUUGACGUUGACAGUGUAGCCUUAUUUGGUGACAAUACUUUCAUGUUGCUGAUGGAUAACGCUUUCCUCUUAACAAUGACUUUUUACC